AUGCAUUAUAUUAAGUCUAAGCUUAAAAUACUCGAUAGCUGCCAUGAUUUUAGUCGUCAGAUUACAACAACAUACUUAGCUCUAGGCCAACAAAAAAAAAUUAGCUCUAUGCAACUCAUUCCUAGAUCUGUUAUUACCUUCAAGCUUCUUAAAGUCAUAAAGUACCAGAUACUUUGUUCAUAUCUUUUUUGUAUGUGCUAUGACAGUCUCUGCAUGCCACAUAGAGAGAGACAAGAAGGUCUCUAUAUUCUCAAUUUGUUCAGAAUACUGGUGCAGACGACUUUCUGGAACAAGAAGAAGAAGAAAAUUGAGUUUGCUUUAGAAUUUAAAAAUAAACUGCUAUGGUUUGCUCUUAGUAUCCUGACUUUUGCACGCGAGUAUACUAAUCCAUGUUUUCAGUGGCACAUAUCAUUCAUUACAUACCUCACAAGCAGGGAUGCUGUAAAGACUGACCUUUAUGAUGUCAACAUCCGAGAUGAAUCUAGGGGAUUUUGA